AGGCUGUUUGAGAUAAUCUUUCUUCUGGAGCAUCCUCGAAGUUCAUUCUACUGACGCCGCAAGGUCCUCAUGUUAGUCCCCCAUCUGAGAAGAUCAUCCACACACCGCUAUCUCGCCGUUGCUUAACCCGAGCUUCAUCGUUCAGACAAGGGCUGACCGACGAUCUCUCUUUCGCGCCCAAGAGUUGCUCGUCGAUCCUUGGCGUGCUGUUGCGCCCUAUGGUCUGGUUGCCUUCCCGAGUGUCCUUCAAGAAGUGGUCAAGAGUUGGUCAUUAUAUCAAGGUUCACCUCAACUUCUUCCGUGUUCAUGUCCUGUUCUUUACUUUCACGCCUUUGAUCUUCUCUGCUAUCUUAUACGCCAGCAAUGGACAACACCCUUUGUCCUAUACCGAUGCCCUUUUCAACUCCGUUAGCGCUAUAACGGUCUGCGGCCUUGCGACUGUUGAUCUCAGUGGCUUGACACCAUGGCAGCAAUUUCUGCUAUUUUUCCAGAUGUCUAUAGGGAAUCCGGUGCGUGACGAACGUGCGCCAUUAAGCUCUGAAUCUUAUCAUGAAGAACUACACUUCUUCAAGCAGAAGUUCACCAAUAUCGUCCAAGCAGAGCUAUCCCGUCGAGCAGCAGAAAAGCUCCACGCUCCCGUGGAAGUCAAAGUGGUGCCUUGGUGGAAACGUACAUUGUACCUUCUUAUUGGACGUUCCCCGACACGCGAUUCCGACCAUAGUGAACGUCCUGGGAGUGCCACCCCUCCUCGAGUUCGGCCAGAUAUGAUUCGCAGAAUGGACGAUGCGCCAAAGUUGGUGAACCCCAGCGGAUGGAUCAGUGAAGGCGCGAGGCCCAACACUAGUCGCGAGCCCAACCCUCCUCCCAAUGUUGUGGUGCAACACCCUGAUACUCCUUCAGAGUCGGGGGAGUCCUCUCACCCCCAAUACUUUGACAGGAUCCCCUCAAUUAGUGUAUCAGAAGAGACUGAAUCUGCGAAAGAUGACGAGUUGAAUGGGGGUAAACACCGAGACUCACAAGAGAGUUCGAGUGAUAGCAAAAUUACUCACAGGUUGUCCGCUUCAUCGAACGGUGGAUCGGAACCCCGCGUCAGCCCAAGCACCUCGGAUGACAGUCUUGCCCCUCAACAGGCUCGUCGCGGGAUGAUCAACCGAACACUCACAUUACCGCGUACACAAACGGUCGAGUUUGCGCCAACACCUAGGCGAAGGCCUAUCUCUCACGAAAGGGAUCGUGGGGAUCGACUCCCUUCAAUUAACGAUUCACACCAGAUUCGAAGUAUGGAACGUUUCCCUACCUUACCCGAUCGACGAUCUAUGUCACGACCUACCAUGUCUAUUCCCUACACAACUGCCUCUCGCGCUCCCACGCAGGCCCGUACUAAGCAUCGAGGAUUCGGUGGUUUCCCCAUGCCUCUCGAAAUCCUUUCUGCCAUCUUCCAUUGGCUCUUCCCUAGACUCGAACGCCAACUAACACGAACGGUUACAAUACCGCGGACCCAGACCAUUGCCUCUCAGGCUGGUCCUGGUGCUCCACCUGGAGCCAGACUUGUGCCUUACAUUUCAUUCGAGGCUGUUGUGGGCAGGAACUCCAGGUUCCAUCAACUCACAAAGGAACAGCUUGAUGAGUUAGGUGGCGUGGAGUAUCGUAGUCUCACUGCACUUCUAUGGAUAGUCGGCGCAUAUCAUAUAGCUCUACAACUUAUUGCUUUCACGGUGAUCGCACCGUACAUGUCCAUGUCACGAUGGCAAGAUGCCUUUAGACCUCCUACAUUACUUAGAAAUCUUUCUCCUGUUUGGUUCUCUCUCUUCCAGGUUAUAUCAUCAUAUACCAACACUGGCAUGUCCUUAGAAGACAGGUCUAUGCUUCCAUUUCAACGAGCAUACCCGAUGAUCAUCUUUAUGAUUAUACUUAUCUUAGCUGGAAAUACUGCAUUCCCAAUAUUUUUACGAUUCACGAUAUGGGUUCUAUCGAAAUUAGUAUCGAAACAAUCUAGACUUAACGAAACACUUCAGUUCCUACUCGACCAUCCACGACGUUGCUUCGUAUAUCUUUUCCCUUCGCAUCAAACAUGGUUCCUCCUCACUGUCUUAGUCGUUCUCAACGCGACGGAUUGGUUCUUUUUCUUGGUAUUGGACCUCGGCACUCAAGUUAUUCAAGCCAUACCUGUCGGUCUUAGAAUUCUUCUGGGCUUGUUGCAGGCCGCUGCUGUGAGAGCUGCCGGUUUCGCAUCUGUUCCUCUUGCUGCUUUGGCUCCUGGUGUCAAGGUUCUCUACGUGAUCAUGAUGUAUAUCAGCGUAUACCCGAUCGCAAUGAGUGUUCGUUCUACGAAUGUCUACGAAGAGAAGUCACUUGGUGUCUUCGACGAUGAAAGCUCCUUGAGCGAAGAAGGCUUCAAUGCCACUGGCAAUCGUGCCACUGUUUGGAGUCGAUACCUGACGAUGCAUAUGCGGAAGCAGCUUUCUUUCGAUAUGUGGUGGCUUGCAGUCGCCUUGUUUCUAGUGUGCAUCAUUGAGCGUGACGGGCUCGAUGAUGAAGCUAACAACAACUGGUUUACCAUUUUUACCAUUCUCUUCGAACUUGUAUCUGCGUACGGAACCGUUGGACUGUCCUUAGGAGUACCAUACGCCAACUACUCCUUUUCCGGCGCACUCCGACCGCUAUCCAAACUGAUCAUCUGUCUCGUAAUGUUACGUGGCCGUCACCGUGGUCUUCCUGUCGCAAUCGAUCGCGCCAUCAUGCUACCUUUCGAGUUUCAAGAAACUGCGGACGAGCCUGUGUUACCUGACGAAACCGAGGAGAAUGGUGAACCUCUGCAGAAUGGAGAAGCUAUUCCAAAUGGUGACAUGGCGCGCGAGAAAUCUGCCCCGCCGGACCUUCCGCAACGUUAUCCUCGACAUACAUGGACUUUGGAUACACAGGAAAUGCGCGAUAUGCCAUUAUCACGUCGGACUAAUACCGUUACCAUAGAGGAACCUUAGAGUACUUGCAGUUCAUUCUGAGUACAGCCAACAUGUUGUUCUUGUCUCCAUGUUUUAUACGUAUAUCAUCUUGUAUCUUCUUGAAUCUGCCAUAGAUUAAUUCUGUAGACUACUUCUUGACUUCUUGACACAGUAACCAUUUGCAUUAUACCGAAGAGUGAGAACACGAGAACCGAGCCAGAUAAUACAAGGUCGUAUUCUACAUCC